AUGCUCAAUUCUUCUAAGGAGAAAGCGAGGAAUACUGGCAGAACACAGCGGUCGAGAAAACGAGCAUCUGUGGCCUGCCAGUCAUGCCACGUCCGCAAAGUAAGGUGCAGUCUCCCACAGACUGGCCGACCCUGCGCCAACUGCUCGUUAGACGAUGUCUCAGGUGUGCCGCGGGUGAGCAAGAGAGCAAACGCGGUAUCCUCGCCGUCGAAUGGCAAUGCCGCGGUACAGAGUACUCCUCUGGAGGGUAGCAGCUUUCCACCCGGCCCCGAGCGACUCGGUGCAUCGGAGGAUCUAUCUGUGCGGAGCGGGCAGACUCCUACAGCUCUGUCCAUUGAUGAGACUGGAGAUGGCACCGAAACACCUUAUCAUCCGUUCAACGAGCAUUUCAGCCAUCACAAUGGAGGUGGUACGGGAACGUCGCAACCAGUCGGAGAUACGGCAGAUAAGUGCUAUUCCCCGUUAUAUGGCGACCCCCGGGGCGUUGGCCUGGUAGUGGACAUCUGCGAACCGGAGCCGAGGAACAAAAGCGGGCACUUUCUUGUCCCACGAAUUGGCCCAACUCAUAUGGACCAGGAAACGAUGGAUUACCUGUGCCGUAAGGGCGUCUUCGACUUACCCACUCCUUCUGUCUGCGAAAUGAUCAUACGGACGUACUUCCACUAUGUGCAUCCCUUUUUCCCAGUUGUUGAUGCCCGUUCAUUCCUUAAUAUGUUUGAAAAUGUGCGCAACGAAGUGAGCGUGCAUCUGCUGUGGAGCAUGUUUCUAGCUGCUGCAAAUUUCGCAGAUGACAGCAUCCUAAAAGCAGCCAACUUUUCAUGUCGAAAAGAGAUGAAGCGUGCAAUGUAUAUCCGAGCUAAGGCUCUUUAUGACGCAGAGUAUGAGAGAAGGAAGAUUACUCUAAUCCAGGCGGUACUUCUGACAGGCUUCUGGUAUUCGGACACUGAAGACAGGACCGGACCUUGGCAUUGGAACGGCGUUGCCAUCGGUCUGUGCCAAACAAUAGGGCUGCACCGGCAGCCAAACACCGGUCGAAAACAUAGUAAAGCCAUCUCCAUGAGCGACAGCAGAAUAUGGCGGCAGAUAUGGUGGAGCUGCUUUUACCGUGAAGCGUGGUUCUCUGCCGGCAUGGGCAGGCCCAUGCGCAUCAACCUAGCCGACUGCAGUACCCCGAUGCCAGAUACCAAAGAUCUGGAUAACCUGCUCGCGGGUAUUCCGGAGAGUAUUCAAAGAAAGUACCUUCCUGAAAGCACUGAGGUCUUGUCUAAGCUAUGGACAGAGCUGUUAGCACUUACGGUCUCUUUAGCCAAGAUUCUCUCAUGGCAAAAUCGAGCGGAGCGGAUGCGACCAAGUAGGAGUGAAAUACAGCACAUGGACGAUAACGUUCGACAGUAUUAUUCCCGCAAAGGCCACGCCAUAGCUCACACGCACAGUCACGUCGUCUCCUUACACGCGUACCACCUAGAGCUGUAUUUAGAGUCCGUUAUUCUCAUCCUAUACCGGCAAUUCCUUUUUGAUAAGCCAGAAACGAAUUCCCCUGUUGAAUCUGCAGACGAAUGGACAUCAACUGUGGUGCGCAGGACCAGAGACGCCGCGACGAACACCAACAAGAUCCUCGGCGACAUGAUCGGUGCUGAUAUGAUCAGCAGCGCUCAAGCGAUGGUCUGCAUUGCCUUGGUCCCCGCAUUGCAAAUCCAUCUCCUUGACACCACGUCUGAAAAACAGUUAGUGCGACGCAUGGGCUGCCACAACCUCGAAUUUUGCAUGAUGAUUAUCGAGGAGCUCAAAACCGUGUACUUCGGCGCUGAAAUACUUUCAAGAAUGUUCACCAAGGCAAAGAGCCGGCUUUACAAUCAGACGGUUGCUCCCGCCACAACUCCUAGGGAGUAUAUCCCGACGUCGUCGCGUGAUCCUACGAUUGGUUCUAUUCCAGACGCGGCAGAUGAUGCACGGCAGGAUGAUGCGGAGAUAUUUGAUGCCUUCUCGACGAUAUUGAGUCCCUUUGCCUCAGUGACAGCUUGUGGAUUAUUCGACGAUGACGAGCUGUUGGCUUUCGAAUCCGACAUCACGCUCGGGCAACUGAUGUUCCCUGAGCCCGAAUCCUCGGCAGGUACACGUUAG